AUGUCGUUCAACAACGUCAUCGGCGGUAAACUGAAACUGAAAGGCGGCGACCGCGCACUGCCGUCCAUAGGCGGCAUCAAGAAGAAGAAGAAAAAGACCGGGAAAGCCGUUAAUCUCGACUCGCUGCAGCUGCAAGCGCUUCGAGACGCCGAAGCGGCGCUUAAGGAGGAAGAGGCGCGCGGCGGCGCGGCGGGAUUGCACGAAUCAGGCGCAGUGGCGGUAGGGGGGGCGGGGGGGGAGGAAGAGGGGGAGCAGCAGGCGCAGGAGGAGGCGGAGGAUCUCCGCACGCCCGCGGAGCGGCGGUAUCACGAGCAGCUGGAGAAGCUAGAGGCGGAACGGGCCGCUAGGGGCGCGAGUAAGUCGCACAGGCAGCGCGUGGAGGAUUUUAACAAGUACCUGGCGAAUCUUAGUGAGCACCACGACAUUCCAAAGGGCUUCAGCCUGGCUGGUCUAAUGAUUCGUUGGGUUCUAUUGACUUGCUUGCUGCUGCAUGUUAUAGCUUGGUCCCUCUCUCCCUCCCUCUUGCUAGGGUAA